AUGGACGAGCCCUUCACGCUCAGCGGCGAGGGCGGAUUCGUCCGCCCCGAGAGCUGGAACCGCCCGAAGCGCAUCAUCUUGAUUCGUCACGCGGAGAGCGAAGGGAACGUGGACGAGACGGUGUACCAGCGCAAGCCGGACCAUCGCAUCGAGCUCACGGAGAAGGGCAAGCAGCAGGCGAGGGACGCCGGGGAGAAGCUCAAGGCGAUUUUAGGUCCGAACGAGAGCGUCUACGCGUAUGUGUCGCCGUACAUGCGCACGGAGCAGACGUUAUACGAGAUUGGGCAGGCGAUCGGCACGCACCGGGUGUUGGGCGUGCGAGAGGAGCCGCGGAUGCGCGAGCAGGAUUUCGGGAACUUUCAAGACGUCGGGAUGGCGGAGCUGAAGAGAGAGCGGCAGCGGUUCGGGCGGUUUUUUUUCCGGUUCCCGAACGGCGAGUCCGCGGCGGACGUGUACGACCGCGUAACGUCUUUCCGGGAGACGUUACGUAACGAUAUGCACUUCGGGAGGUUCAACUGCGACGUCACCGGGUGCAGGACCGAGGACUGCACCGUCGUCAUCGUCACCCACGGGCUGACGUUGAGGGUCUUUCUCAUGCGUUGGUACAAGUGGAGCGUCGAGAUGUUCGAGAGGUGUCGAAACGCGCGAAACGGCGAGCUCGUCGUCAUGGAACGCGGCAAAGGAGGGCGGUACACGAUGCUGAACGAGCAAAACGGGCAAGACGAGGAGUGGCUGGCGAAGUUUGGGUUCAACGAGGAGAUGAUAGCGGACCAGGUGUGGGCGAAAGACGCCCCGGUCGACGGUUUAAACUCGGAGUGGCCGACGAGCAAAGGGCAAAUGUUCUUCGACAACUUUCCGGGUCGGCUGGAGCGCACGCGCGCGGCGUGCGCGAAGUGGCGGACCCCGAGCGGGGUCGAAAUCGAUUGA